AUGUAUCGAAACAUUAGUGCUGCUGAACGUCAUAAAUUGUGCAGUCAUGAAGGGCUGAUUGAAAAAAAUAAUCAUCUGAAACAAAAAUCAAUGGCAACGAAGAGACAAGUAUCAAACAGUGAAGAUGAAAAUGAUUUACAUUCUUUGACAACACAAAAUGAAGACAUUUGUUUAUUUAAAUUAAAUCAAAAUGAUCAAACUCCAGGUGGUACAAAAAGAAGAAAAAAAAAACGUUAG